CUGGUCGCAGCAAUGCGUGCCGGAAGGCUUGUUACUAUUGCGACAGGCUUCGGACUUAUGUCUCCCAUCACUACAUGUAGUGGUUGCCAUGCUUACUCUAUAGAGAGGAGGGAAGCGGCGGGCUCGCGCUUGGGAUGUGGCAAAGGUUGCACGAUUGGAGAAACCGUACGCCUAAAGUUGGGAUGAGGAGGGUGGAUACGGAGAUGAGGGUCAGCUUCUUUGAUCGAAAGCUUAAGUACGACAAGGAUGGUGUGUUCACAGAUGCUGACGGUGAGUGGCGCGGAGUUCAUGGUGGUGAGCUUGCUGGGUACAUGAUGCCUGCUCUGCAGAUACAACCGCCGCUUUCCAAGGGCCUCAGUCUCAGGACGAUUGCUCAACUCCGUGAGAUAUCAGAGCAGGAAGGCAGCGAGGACGGGCUUGUACAGCAAGAAGACACGCUCGAACUCGAGAUCGGAGGUGGCAGAGAGGCGGUUACACUGGACAGGCUAACGCGAUGCUUGGAUUCCGAUCGCAGAAUCCACGACCCUUCUAAAUUGACGGCUUCUAGAAUGCACGAUCGCAGUUAUCGUCACGGAUGCAAAACUUGCGCCGCGUUACGCAACGUCCUGCCAUCACUGCCGACUGGUCAGCACAUAAGCAACACCGUACGAUAUGCAUUGCACGACUCACAUACAUCAUCCGUUGGACCGAGCUGCUUCCCGAACGAGAACGUCGAUCUCAGCAGCGACCUGCUCGUGCCUGCGGAGGGUCUCCCAAGCAUCGUGAUCGAAGUCCCGCUUGAUGCCGAUCCUUUUGAAGUUGUCGUCCAACGACUGAUGGACGGCAGCGGCGCGCUUCAAUUUUAUGCUUGAUGCAGUAUGGAGGCGGAGGUUGGCGACCGUUAGGGGAGUAUGAUACGAGGUGACGACUUCGUCGACGUUGACACCGACGGUUGCUUUGGGGCCGGAGGUUGCUACGUCUUGUGGUGGAGGAGCGUGAAGAUUGCUGUGGUUGACAGAGCAUCCACAUUUCGCGUGGGUCGUGCUAUGACGGCUAGGUUAAGGGGGAACUAGGGAAGAAAACGCUGGGCCAGGCACCUACUU